AUGACUACUGAAACAAAGUUGCCGGGCAAUCCAGAAGGUGUCUUCGUCGUGUCCGUGGAUGACACAGCCUCAAACAAUCCGCCUGCACAGGCGGCAUGGAGGCUGUCUUCGGCAAGAAAGGUGUUCAUCUGCGCGACUGUCAUAUUUUUGAAUUUCAACGUCACCCUGGGAUCAUCCCUGCCCAGCGGCUCCGGGCCAACGCUUAACGCCCAUUUCGGUGUCACCUCAGAGCUGCAGAAGCCGCUCCCUGUCGCUAUCUUUCUGGUUGGUUACAUCUUUGGCCCCAUUAUAUUUGCGCCGCUGUCAGAAUCGAUCGGCCGCCGGAUCGUAUUCCUGGUCUCCUUUACAAUAUACACGGUAUUCACCAUCGCCUGUGCCUUUGCCCCGAGUUGGCCAGCGUUCCUCUUCUUCCGCUUCAUGCUGGGAUGCGGUGCCGCUGCUCCCCAAACGGUGUCAGGCGGCCUCUUCUGUGACCUCUACCCAGAACUGCGCCCGAGGGGCAUGGCCGUGACGAUGCUGGGGCUGACCAGCAAUGUUGGCCCUCUGGUUGGGCCGAUCAUUUCUGGAUUCACGUCAACGAGGGGCUGGCAGUGGCAGUUUUGGUGUGCCCUGAUCCUUGCCGGCAUAAACUGGCCUAUGCUGCUCAUGUUGCCCGAGACGUUUGCCCCUGUUCUCAGAGGCAGGCCUCUUAUUGACCAGGCCGCAGCUGGACAGGCUAGCGGGAGCUGCAUCUCGAAAGUAUCGGAUGUCAUCCGGGUGCAGGCCAAGAUCCUUGCUCGGCCCAUUCGUAUCUUGUCUGAACCGCUGGUAUUUUUCACUGACCUGUUCAUCUUGUACCAGUACAUCAUCUUCUUCCUGUACUUUGGAGCCUACCCGGUCAUCUUCCGAGGCACGUAUGGCAUGUCACCUGGCGUAUCUGCACUGAUGUUUAUCCCCACCGGGGUCGGGGCUCUUCUCGCAGUUGGCAUCUUCAUGGCAUGGGACAAGUUUCACAAGAAAGCUGUAGAAGAUGGGAAAGCAUGGGCUCGCCGUGAAGAAUUCAGGAGGCUGCCGCUGGCAUGUCUCGGCGGCCUGCUCUUCGCGCUCUCCGAGUUCUGGCUGGGAUGGACCGCCCGUCCCAGCAUCCACUGGGCCGUUCCCGCAAUGUCCGGCGUCCCUCUGGGCAUAGGCAUUGACCUGACCUUCCUCGCGCUGAAUAAUUACCUAACGGACGCAUACGACAUCUACAGUGCAUCGGCGUUGGCGUCCAGCGUCUUCACACGCAACGUAGUGGCCGCCUUCCUCAUCCCGCUUACGACACACCCCUUGUACGCGAACUUGGGCACGCAAUGGGCGUGUACUCUUCUGGGGUGUCUAUGUCUCCUACUGACACCGAUCCCGUUUGCCUUCAUCCGUUGGGGCCCGGCAAUGAGAAAGCGCAGUCCAUUCUGCCAGGAACUGGCACGGCUCAAGGCGGGGAACAGCGGGGAGGAUCUGGAGUCUUCAAUCUAG